UUCGUUUUUUAAGUUCUUCUUUGAUCCACCUCUUAAAUUGUCCCAUUUUCCCGUAUUUUUUUUCUCUUUUUACAUCGCCUAAAAAAUCACCCUUGAUCCUUUUCAUGUGAUGCUAUUUGAUAUGAUAUAUUUUCCAUAUCCUUCCAGGUUUUCAUCUGCCAAGAAAUCAAGGCACUUUAAGAAAAAAAAACAUAAAAACAAGGAAGUGCUCAGCAUACGUUGAAGUGUUGUAUCAAAGCAAUACUAGGUAUUGAAUCAAUGCGAAUUCAUUUGUAUACACUGAGCUCUUAUGCGUUAACGAGAAACGUCAAGCUGUGCUAAUUAUCAAGCAACACUCAUCCUAACAUCCAUCAUGGCGAACCACAAAGUUCCUCGUUCUGUGUCCGUGAUUGGGUUAAGGUUUGUUUUGAUGACUGCAUUUCUGCAAAUGGAUUCAGUUCGAGCUUACAGUGAACAUGGUCCUGGAUUUGUAGGAUGUUACCCUGUCGGAACUGAAUGGCAAAAGUUUCUUGAGAAAGAUGACAUGGUUGUUGAAAAUGUGGAAGGUUGUGUACUUCACUGUAGGGAAUUCAAAUAUGCUACCAUCACUGCUGGGAAAAGCUGCUACUGCAGUAAGGGUUUCGAAGGUAUCACAAGAGCGGGUGAUGAACGCUGCAACGCCAGAUGUGACGGGAAUCCUUGCCAAAUAUGUGGAGCGCACACAUACUACUCAGUUUACAACACAACCGAGAUUCUGAAAAGAAUGCCUUUGAAUGCCGGAUUGUCAUGCUGUCAAUUUAACGAAUCUUCUAAUCAUGUCUACGCUGAAUGUAUGGUCCCUACGUUGGUGACCACUACAAUGGAAUCUUACGAGGUCACUUCUACCAUGCCUACGUGCUUUCCUGCUUCCCAAGUCGUUUGGUUACGUAUUGUCAUUGAUGUGGCGGUGAUGCUCCUCGUUCUAUUCCUCAUCAUACUGAGUUUCAUAGUUGUACGUUUUUGGAGGAACCGUCAAAGGGGCAUGUUUGAUGAAUGGCAACCUCGCAGCAUUCAUCAAAGAGGAAACGAGUCUAGAAUUCCAAGGUCAGGUGGUGAUCUUAUGAACAGGAAUCACAGCUAUCGCAAUCUCUCGGGAUCCAGUACCCUUGAUCGUGGACUGGAAUCUAUCGAUCAAGCAUAUGCUUCUGUGGCAGCCCAAGGACCGGCAGCAACGGUUCGCUCAUUCGAUGGCGAGAACGGAAAUCAUUAUGGUUCGUUACCAGAUUCAGCUAAAGGUGCAAUGGCAUCAGAGUCAUGUCCAUCAAAUACGCCACCCAACAUUCGCAAGUGUAAUUCUGGUGAAGGGGGAAACUCUGAUCCUGAUCUUCGCAUGGUCUCCGACCAGACUGGUAAUCGACAUGCGCGGUCAGAUCUGAAAAGUAAGCCAAACCCUGUUGUCAAGCCUAGACAGAAGGGACAUUCUGAGGAUUCUAAAGUUGAAAAAAAAUCCCCUGACCAGACAAAACGGAAGUCUUUGUUCGACCACCUGCCAAAACUUCAAAGUUCGCGAAAGCCUUCUAAAUGUGAUGGCACUUCUGUUAAAAGUCGUAUACCAACCAUCGAUAGACCAUCGGGUGCCCUAUUUUGGACAAAAGAAAAAGCAAAAACCAACGUGACCGAGUCACUCGAUAGAUGUACAGUUUAUACGGCUGAAAAGUUUCUUGAAGAUCCAAAGUCAAACACCAUGCCACAUGGCAUCUAUGCACUUCCCGAUAAGUCUAGCAAUGGCUCAUCAAAGAAGAAGAAGUAUUGUACCAUGCAAGGGGGAGGUUCUGUUGAUAUCGAACUCCAAGCAUCUCAGGACGGGUAUGGAAGAUUCAAUAGGCUCUUCAAAUCUCGGACCAGCGGGAAAAGCGAGCAAAGGCAAGGGGAAGAUUCGUCAUCACCCGAGGAAUAUUCGGUUCUUAAGCCCGAACUGAAGACAUCGGGCUAUGACAAGCUGGCACACGGGAAGGACACUGACGGGGCCGCUGCCACUGACCCAACUUAUAAUAUUGUCGGAGAUGACCCAGGAAGCGCGUGUGAAACCGGCAAGGUCAUAUACGCAGCAGUGGAUGAUGAUGAGUAUGCGUUGGUUGGAGAAGGGACAGCAGUUGCCGGCCAAAACGGAGACUACGAGAUGGUUGCAUAUGGUCAGAUAGAAUGAAAGAGAAAAGGAAGAAUAUUUAUGAUGGCGCUAUUGAAUAUGACGUCAUGUCACUGAUAAGUGUAUCGACAUUUAUUCGGUUUCAAUAGCUGGGACUUUUGCUGUACUAUAGACAUGUGUGAUAGGCUGCUUUAAGCAUUUAGUAAAAAAAUAUUUUAAAAAGUAUACGGAAGAUACAGAACGAUUGGAGCAGUGGAAGGAGUGGAAGAUAAAGAAAAAGUAGUAAGAACAGAAGAAGGUGAAGAGGGAUAAGCAGACGAGACGGGAAACGACUGAGAAAUACUGUGAAAAUGAACGAAAGAAGAAGAGAGGAAAACAAAACGGAUUGAGGGAUAUCAGAAUGUAAAGAGGAGAAUAAUAUGAUAUAAAAUGGUAGACAUCAUGAACAAUACCAUGUGCACUGU